AUGGCCGACGCUGCGACCGCCGAGCUUCUCCGCGCGAUCGCUGCAGGCAGCUUGCCACGCGUCCGCGCUGCCCUGGCCGCCGGCGCCGACGUCAACGCCCGCGACGAGGACGAUGCGACGCCGCUGGACAUGGCGUGCGAGAACGACCGCAGCGAUAUGGUCACAUGCUUGCUCAUGCACCCGCGCAUCGACGUGGCCAAGGCGCGGGCCUCGCUCUUGGUGGAAGUUUGCCGACGUGGCGCGGGCGCUUUGGUCGCGCAGCUCCUCGCCCAUCCCACGACGGACCCCAUGACGCGUCUGGAGUACGGCUCGAAUGUGCUCGUCGAGCUCUGCUCGGCGGGCGGUACGAGCGCCAUGCUGUCGCGGUUCAUGGGGCACCCGCGCGUCGAUAUCAACGCAUCAGUUGACGUGCGGUCGCUCUAUAACGCCGAAUGCGUCGAGGCCGUGACACCGCUUCGGCGCGCCGUGGAAGGCCACUUCUGGGACAACGUCGCAGUGCUGCUGCAGGACCCGCGCCUCGACGUCAACGCCAUGCUCGGCAACAGGACGCUUCUAUAUCAUGCGUGCGUCGCCGACAAGGUCGAUCUCGUGUCGGACCUACUGCGUCGACCUGGUAUCGACCGCAGUGCUAUGGCCGCGAGUCAAGGGACUGCAUUUGCCGCGGCUGUGCGCGCCGGCAACACAUUGCUGAUCGAGCUCUUUCUGAGUCUUCCGCACGACGAUGUGAACAGCGGUUCACAUGGCAAAACGCCGCUUGUACUAGCGAUGCAGCGAGAGCAUCCCAACAUUGCGCAGCGACUGGUUCUCGAACCGCACGUGGACCGUCAUGCGACCGACAAGAAUGGGAAUACGGUGCUGCACCUGGCCUGCGUCAAGGGCUGGGCAACCCUUGCCGAAACCCUUUUAAUGUCGUUGGACGUGCAUCAGCGCAAUCAUAACGGCUUGACACCGGCGAGCAUGGCCUUUCAAGCCCGCCAUUUUGACCUCGCAUUGCACCUCUACCGCAAGUACAAGGCCGACGCCAACGUUGUCAUGGGUACUGGCAUGACACCGCUCCAGUGGGCCUGUCACGACGGCCGAUACGAAGUGAUUCAGGCGCUCUUGGCGCUGCCACUGCACGAUCGUGCAGCGCAGGACAACAACUCGGCGCUCAUGUUGGCGUGCCGCGGCCCGCCGUUUUCGAUGCCGUUCCGCGACAUUUCGGAUAACGAGGUAGCGCACCGCAACUCGUUGGGCCAUACGCUCGUCCAUGUCGCCUGCGCGUACGGUCAAGUGUCGGUCGUCGCGGCGCUUCUGCCGUACAUCAAACAAGGCAGCAUCAACGCACGCGACAAUGACGGCAACACUCCUCUCCACCUCGCUGUCAACCACGAAGCUGUCGUGACGCAGCUUCUCGCUGUGCCCGAGGUUGAUCUCAAGCGCACCAACAAGUUGGGUCGGACGGUGCUGCACGUUGCGUGCGCGAGUGGGCAAGGGUCGGUCGUCGCACUGCUGCUUCGUGCCGGCGCCACAAUCCAAGCUGUCGACCGCGAAGGCAACACACCACUGAUGCUGGCUUGUACGCACAACCACGUCGCGGUCGUGAUGCAGCUGUUGUCACAACCGCCCCUUGCCGACGAGACGCUGAAAAUGCAGGAUGGUCGGAGCGCGCUCCAUGUGGCUGCCCGCGCUGGGCAUGUACGCCUUCUCCGAUGGCUGCUCGAAUCGACGACCACCGAUGUCAAUGGCUGCAGUGCGACGGGUACGACUGCCCUCAUGGAGGCUGUCGACCACCGCAAACCUGGCGUCGUGACCUACCUCCUGCGACAUUCCGCCGUUCAUGUCAACGCGACAGAUAGCGACGGCAACACGGCUUUGAUGCGGCUUUGCAUGCGCGCCGACUAUGAUAUACUCGAGAUUCUUCUCAGCCAUCCGGCCAUCGACAUCAACCGGCGCAACCACCUGCUGUCGUCGCCCGAGAUCGACGUCAACUACCGGGAUGCGAGCGGGCUCACGGCGCUAUUGCAAGUGUGCCUCAACCAAGGCAACGUCAAGAUAGUCCAGCUCCUCUUGGAGAAGCCAGAGAUCGACACGAGUGUCCGGGACAAGCACGGCAACUCGGCCUUGCUAUUGGCAACUCGCCAAGGCAAUCCUGGCAUCGUGCAAGCGCUGCUAGCACACGGUGGCUGCGACGUCAACGCUGCCAACGACUCGGGUACGACGGCGCUCCAUGCGGCGUCCGGCAGCAAGCACGCGGGUCGGCUCGUGCCGCUGCUACUUGGCGUCGACAGAAUCGAUGUCAACGCGAUGAACAAGAAACGGCAGACGCCGCUGAUGCUCGCGUGCCUGGCGGGUGACGUGCAUGUGGCCUCCUUGCUGCUGGAUCACCCGCGCAUGGCUGUCGGCACCACCCCGAAUGGACCGCUCCCGAUCGCAGUGCGCUUGAACAACAUUUCGCUGGUUACGCCCCUUGUACAGCACCCGACGACGAACGCUGAGAUUGCCGACGAGGCGGGCUUGACGCCCUGGCUCCGGGCCGUCAACAGCCAAAACGUAUCGCUUGUACAAGCGCUUGCAGCCCGUAUCGACGUCAACAAGGCGCUGGUCGUGCCCGACCGACCGCGUGACGACAACGAUUCGACGCUGGCGUGGAUGGAGGCGAUGGAGCCCGACUCGUUGGCCGCUGCGAACCUCCGCUACAUGAACCCCAAGGUCGAGUGGGUAGCCUCCACGAACCGUCACGAGUGCACCGAUGCGACCGUCGCCAGCUGCAAGACAGGCAAGACUGCGCUCAUGGUCGCGUGUCUCUACAGCAACGAAGCAAUGGUCGAGUGUUUGCUGUCGCAGCCCACGAUCAACGUCAACGCGGUCGACGAUGACGGCAACACGGCACUCAUGCACGUGGCCUUUCUGCACCCGACGGCCGAGCGCAUCUGGCACCGUCUCUGCCAGAACACUCGCUUGGAUGUGACGAUGACCAAUACGCAAGGCGAGACGGCGAUCGAGAUUGCGGGACGGUGUGGCAGUGGCAUCGCGACGGCGUAUCUCUUGCAGCAGCUGCUGUCUCGUCGUCACCCGAGUGUGCUGCCCGAGAUCGUCGAGGCGGUCGCAGCCUUCUUUGUCGAUCACGGACGUCUGGAGCGUGCAGCAGUCUAUGACUCCGACGAGAAUGACUGGUCCGAGUUGGAGCUGGAUGACGCCGACGACCUUGACGGUGACGACGACGACGAUGCCCAAGACUUAAUCGAGUAGUUUGACAUGAGAAAAUAAACAGCAAAAGAAUGACCAACAUGGACGGGAUCGAACCGUCGUCCAACAACAC